CUUCAGUCACGGCCUGUGUGGAGCUCCAGAAGCAGAGAGGAAGAAAAAUGGCGGCUCUCGACGAAGCCAAACGAGUCGCCGGCCUGUAACAUUUUCAGCAUUCGCAUCCGAAGCGACACGGGGACUCUGCGGGGUGACCGCGCCGUCUGCAUCUCCCCGCUGCCCCGGCUGUCCUGCUUCAUCUUGCGUCGGCGGAGGGGAAAGGAGCGAACAGACUGAGUGGGUAAAAUAAAAGAAGUCUGCUAUCAUGAGAGGGAAAAGGGGCAGGCCGCCCAAACCGCUACCAGCCGAGGAGCCGAGCCCAGCGGCCACCCGCAGCCUCCGGCUCCGGAGGAACGUGAAGCCCAGAGUGCGGGACAGCGAGGACGAGGAGGUCGAGCUCCCCAAAAGGGAACCCAGCAAAUCGACCAGGGGGAAGAGAAGAAAGAGAUCCGCCGCCUCGACGCGGGGCAGGGGAAGAGGCAGAGGCGGCGGUGGAGGUGGUAGAGGAGGCAGAGGAGGACGAGGAGGGAGGCGAGCGGCUGCAUCCAAGGCGGCUGUAGCAGCGGUGGUGUACGACGACCAUGAGAGCGAGGAGGAGGAGGACGACGCUGUCAGUUUGAGGUCGGAGGAGGAAGAAGAGUUUGUCGAGGAGGACCCUCAGUCCGAGGAGGAUGAGGCCCUGAAGGAGGACUCUGACUGUCUAGAUGAGGAUGUGCUGGAGGAAGAGGAGGAUGAUGCCAGUUACUGUACGGAGAGCAGCUUCAGGAGUCACAGCACGCACGCCAGCACUCCCGGACGGAGAAAACUACGGCCUUCCCGACCUCGUACUCCUAUUCUGGAGGAGAAAGAGAUUCCACCACUGGUCCUUCCAGAGACAUCUGAGGAUCUCUUAGUGCCAAAUGAGGAGCUUCUCAAUGCCGUCUCCAUCUACGAGGUGCUACGGAACUUUAGCACAGUGCUGCGGCUCUCCCCUUUUCUUUUUGAGGAUUUCUGCGCAGCACUUGUCGGCCAGGAGCAAUGCACUUUAAUAGCAGAGACCCAUAUUGCCCUGUUGAAGGCUAUCCUGCAUGAAGAAGACACCUCAAAUACCACUUUUGGUCCCACAGACCUCAAGGACAGCGUCAAUUCCACUCUGUACUUUAUUGAUGGCAUGACAUGGCCUGAGGUGUUGCGAGCUUACUGUGAGAGCGAUGAGGAGUACCAUCAUGUUCUGCCAUACCAGGAGGUGGACGAAUACCCCUAUGGUACCCUGGAGAGUAAGAUAAAAGUUCUGCAGUUCUUAGUGGAUCAGUUUCUCACCACAAACAUUGCUCGUGAGGAGCUGAUGUCUGAUGGUGUCAUGCAAUACGACGACCACUGUCGCGUUUGCCAUCGCCUGGGUGAUCUGUUGUGCUGUGAGACUUGCUCAGCUGUGUACCACUUGGAGUGUGUGAAACCGCCACUGGAGGCAGUUCCGGAGGAUGAGUGGCAGUGUGAAAUUUGUGUGGCACAUAAGUUGUCUGGUGUCACUGACUGUGUGACAGAGGCACAGAAGAACAGGCCCUACAUCCGCCAGGAGCCCAUUGGAUAUGACCGCCACCAGAGGAAAUAUUGGUUCUUAAUCAGAAGGAUUAUUGUUGAGGAAGAUGGGGAGCAUGAGAAGAAAAAGAUCUGGUGUUAUAGCACCAAGGCCCAGCUGGCAGAGUUGCUGGAAUGCCUGGACAAAGAGUACUGGGAGAUGGACCUCCAUGCUACUCUGGAGGAGAUGAAGGAAGAGCUGCAAUCUCACAUGGGCAUCACAGAGGACCUCACCAACAAAGCCUGCGGCAGCAAUAAAUCCUACCUUACAGCUGUCAACGAAGAGGUCAUGAGGCGCAUCGAGGUCAGGCUUAAGGAAGCAAAAACCCACGCAGAGGAGUCAAAGCAGGAAACCAAUAAGACAACAGAGGACUCUGCUGAGCUCAACAAUGGAGAACACAAAGACAAGGAAGACACUUCUUCACAAGAUAAUGAUAUGAAAGCAGAGCCUAGCAGUGAAGACAAAUACAUCCACUCUGACCAGACACAGAAUCAAGGCCAACAAGAAAGGUCACCUCUACCAGACAUGAUCAAUGACGGUGGCCAAGAGUCUAGACCAGGCAUUGUUAGGAAACCAGAGGAGCCUGACCUGGCUGAUAGGUCGUCUCAGUCAUCCUUUACAAGCCAAGAUGGGACAGAGGAGUAUGAAAGGAUGAAGAGUGAGAAAACCACAGAACCCAGGCAAGACUCUAAUAAUCAAACAUCCCAAGGCAGUGUAGAGUCUUCUCCUCCUACAUCUGAUGGUGAAACUUCCCAUCCCAAGGUGUUCAACUCCAACUCUGUUGUGAAAAACGGGUUCUUCAGAUUGGGCCAAGAGUGUAAAUACAGAGUCUACCACAACCAGUACAGCAGCAAUGUCCUGGCACUCAAUAAGCAUCAACACCGCGAAGACUACGACAAGAAACGUCACCUAUCCCACAAGUUCAGCCUGACCACGGUGUCUGAGUUCAAAUGGAAUGGCUCGAUUUAUGGUUCACGGAACCUGACUAUCUCCACCUUGCGCCUAACCAUUGUUCAACUGGAAAACAAUGUCCCAGCACCUUUCAUGCAUCCAAACUGGGCUUCGCACAGGUCCAACUGGAACAAGGCAGUUCAGAUGUGUAGCAAACCCAGAGAAUUUGCUUUGGCCCUGGCUAUCCUGGAGUGCGCCAUCAAACCAGUGGUCAUAUUACCUGUAUGGAAAGAUUCUCUUGGACACACGAGGUUACAUCGCAUGACCGCUUUGGAGCGUGAGGAGAAAGAGAAGGUGAAAAAGCGAGAGAAAAAACUGGAAGAUGAAGAGAUCAUGCAGCAGGCCACUUGGGUGAAGUACACCAUCCCGAUCAAACACCAGGUGUGGAAGCAGAAGGGCGAGGAGUACCGGGUAACUGGGUAUGGAGGCUGGAUCUGGGUCAGUAAGACCCGUGUGCCACAUUUUCUCCCCAGGCUGCCGGGGAACACAAAUGUAGACUACCGCAAACAUCUGGAGGCAACUAAAGCAAGUAAUGAAAAUGCAGCAGCUAGCACAAAUAAGCAUAAACUGAUGAUGGAAUUUGAGAAAGAGGCUACAAAUAAAAUGGGAGAUAAAGAUACAGCGCAGGAAUCUACCAUUGCAGCAUCUCAGAGUGCUUCUCCAGAGGAGGAGCAGCAAGCGAAAGAUGACGAAAAGCCCGUGGCAGAGAAGGGGGGGAAAGCAGAAGAGAAGAAAGAAGGUGAAAAAAUGGAGGUUGUCUGCCCAAAAAGCACUUCUUUGAUUUCAGAGAAAGAUAACGUUGAUGAGCGAGCUCCCUCCUUGCCAGAAAACAGACAAAGCGAGAGUGUUGAACAGCGCAAGACAGAGGAGAUCUUAACACCAAAGCCGUACUAUGAUGUUGUGAACGUCAGCGAGGGUUUCCAGCUGCGGACAUCUUAUAAGAAGAAAGUCAAACCCUCCAAGUUGGAUGGACUGUUGGAGCGGCGGGUAAAGCAGUUCACUUUAGAAGAAAAGCAGAGACUAGAGAAAAUGAAACAGACCAUUCUGCAAUCUAAAUUGUCCUCCAAGAUUACAGCUGGGGUUAAAAAUGAAGGAAUGACAACCGUUAAACAGGAGACUGCACUGAGCCCUUGUGUUAAAGUAGAAGAAAAAGAGGCAAACCUCCAAGUGAAGCAGGAACGGACAAAAACGGACAAUUUGGAUGUGAACUCAGACUCUGCAGCUUCCAGCCACAGCUCACGGGUGGGGGGAAAUGUUGCACUGGGCAAUGGUGAGGAGGCCUCAGUAGUGCACAAAGAGGUGAACGGAGGGUCCCAGUCAGACAGCGAGUUCAACAGCAAUAAUACAUCAGAGGUCAUGGAUAAUAAAGAGGACCCUCAGAAAGCAGAGGUGGUUCGAGUGGCAGAGAAUGCCAGGAAGCGCAGAUAUGAUGAAAUAGAGCAAGACAGUGGACAUAAAGACACAGAGAAUGUGGAUGUUGAUCAGAGUAAAGCCAUGCCAGUGCAAGUCAACGGCAAAGCUGUAGUUAGUGCCCCAGUAGAUACCAACAUUAACACGGAGACAUCCAGUUGUGUACACGGUGAAAACGUAGAUGUGCCCCAGAAAGAACCUCUCAAAUCUCUGAUGAACGGAAACCUCACCCAGAGUGAUGUCGCCAACAUAGAUCAUCCACCUCUCUCAAAGGUCCCUAAAUUAGAGAACCAUAUAACUGAGAAUGCGGAUUCUCUCGAGACGAUAUCCAGUAACAAUCAGGAAGUUACCGUGGAUGGUGAGAAGAUGAUACCUGCUAUACAGCCGGCCUCCAGUCCUUUAAGGUCAAACGGUAACACCAUGAACAACUGCAGUAGUAGUGAAGGGGUGAAAGCUACCAGCCAAGGGGGCAUCACUCACUGUACCACAACUACUACUCAAGUGGACUCCACACCUGAAGUGUCCAGCAGUACUGGUAAACUUGGUUUGAUGUCUCCAACAGAAGGUAUUGCGGUUUCCCAUGUCAGUAUUUCCUCCACCAAAACCACCAACCAGCACAGCCUGGUAGGACCUGGGGCAGGUGUUCACCAAAAGACGAAAACAAUAGUCACAUCAACACAUAAGGACCCCAACAUGGAAACCGCUGGUUUGGCAGUAAGCAGCUCCAUGACAAUAAGUAAAGAGUAUUCCACACGGGACCGAGUGAGCCUACUCAUGUUCAUCAAGUCGAAAAAGGCGCGCUCUGGCAUAGCCCUGCCAUCCUACCGCAAAUUUGUUACCAAGAGUAGCAAGAAGAGCAUCUUUGUGCUUCCCAAUGAUGAGCUGAAGAGGUUGGCAAGAAGAGCAGGCAUCAGAGAGGUACCCAUCUUCAACUACAAUGCCAAGUCAGCUCCAGAUAUAUGGCCCUACCCCUCACCCAGGCCCACGUUUGGGAUUACAUGGAGGUACCGUCUACAGACUGUGAGGUCACUGGCAGGGGUCAGCCUGAUGUUGAGGCUGCUGUGGGCAUGUCUGAGGUGGGACGACAUGGCUAUCAAGCCCUCUGCUGCUGUUGGGACGACGCGCAAAGAAACCACAGAAACAGACAUCACCACAACCGAAAUCAUCAAACGCAGAAGUGUGGGGCCUUAUGGCAUCCGCUCAGAAUACUGCAUCAGGAAGAUCAUCUGUCCCCUUGGAAACAGAGACGCUCCCAAAGCAGAAACACCCACACCACAGAGGAAAGGCUUGCGUUCAAGUGCUUUGAGGCCCAAAAAGCAGGAGCCGGCCAAGCUGUCCGGUCCCAUAGCUGUGGAGACUUGGGUCCCGGAAGAGGAACUGGAGCUGUGGGAGAUCAAGGCCUUUGCAGAAAGGGUGGAGAAGGAAAAGUCACAGGGAACAGAUUCAAAGACUGGCAGUAGCCUGAAGACAACAGAGGAAGUCAAGGCCCAUUUGGAGACUCAGCUAAAACAGGCCCGGCUGGCUGCCCAGCAGAAACGCUUGGACCAGCAGAAAUCAAGUACAGCUUCCACCACUUCCUCAACAACAACCACCACCACGACCACCACCACCUCAGCUAACACCCCCAGUACCCCACCGUCCACAGGCCAGAAGACUGCUCAGGUCACACCUGGAACCAAGAUGGUGCUACCUUCCAAACUGGGCUGUCCAGUUCCCUUCCAGCAGGACAAAAACUUUCAUCAGUCUUUUGCUUCCUGGGUGAAACAGGGUCAGACCAGCAACAGUUCAGACAGUGCAGCCUCAACUGGCUCAGUGGUCACCAUGGUUAGCACGUUCACCACCUCAGAGCAAACCUUCCAGAUUGCUGGCAGCCCAGCGACUGUGGCUGGCCAGGUCCUCACCACCAAACUACCAAUUCCUGUGAACAGCAAGAUUGUCGCACUCAACAUCCCCACCACACACGGAGGUGUAGCCCAACAAAAGGUCUUGGGCAUUUUCAAUUCUGGUCCUCCUGCAAACCUUAGAACAUACAGCACACUGCAUCCUACCACUGGAAACAUCAACCUUAGAGCCACCACAUCUGCCUCAAAUACUCAGCAGCAGGCUAUCACACCCAAAGGCCAAACACUGUCUGGCAUGACAGUAGGCCAGUCACCCACCAUGUCGAGUACUGCAGCAACAACAAUGACCAAAUGUCCAGUGGUGACUCAACAAGGCCAGUCUCAGCAGGUGUCGACUCAGAUGAGCCAUGGUCAGCCCGGAUUUUCACCUGUGUCUUGCUCUUCUCCUGUACAAACUACCACACCUCAGAGAACAGUUGCUGCUCCACCACCUGCACAUCCAGCCACCUCGAGUCCUGGACAGCUGCCCACGGCCUCCCCCCAGCCACAAAGACCCCAACAGGGUCAAGUCAAACUUACAAUGGCCCAGUUAAUGCAGCUAACACAGAGUGCCCAGGGCGGGAAUCCAGGUCUGACGGUUGUGAUUCGUGGACAGGGCCAAACUCAGGGCCAGCUGCAAAUAAUCCCACAGGGUGUAACUGUCAUCCCUGGACAUGGUCAACAGCUCAUGCAGGCAGCCAUGCCCAAUGGACAGGUUCAGCGUUUUCUCUUCACACCCAUGCCCCCAGCAUCUUCAGCUUCAGCAAUAACUACUGCAGUCACUACAAAUCCUCCCCAGACCCUGGUGUCAACCCCAGUGCAAAUCGGAGCACCUGCACAUGUCAAGACAACUCCGUCAGUCAUGGCUCAAACCCAAAUGGCAGCUCCUGUGCCCACACCAGCACAUGUUGCAACCCAACAAGCCCAAAUUUUGAAUCCUACUCCUGCCUUAGUCCCUGCACACACCCAAGUUGCAGCUUCUGUUUCAGCUCAAGUUGCCACCCAAGCCUCACAACAAAAACAACUUUCAGCCUCAGCUGUAUUCUCACCUCCUGCACAAACCCAACUGUCUGUUCCUAUUUCAACAGUUAAACAAGCUACACACCAGGCUUUACUUCAAACACAAGCUUCAGCCCCAACAUCAUCCCUGGCAACCUCAUCCCUGGUCCAAAUGUCGAUUCCUGUGCCAGCCCUUAAACAUGUUGCUGCCCAAGCUUUACCACAAACAAAACUUUCAACCUCAGCAUUACAAUCAGUCCCUGCAUUAACACCUGUCCUGCCAUCAACCACUCUGCAAACAUCAGCCCUUCCCUCAUUCCCUGCACAAAGACCAGCCUUGCCCUCAGCCUCUGCGCAAACACCAAUCUUGCCCUCUGCUUCUGCACAAAUGCCCGUUUUGCCCUCUGCCUCUGUGCAAAUGCCACUCCUGCCUUCAGUCCCUGUGCAACCUCCGGUCCCACCCUCAUUCCCUGCCCCAGCCCCGCCCUCACUCACUGUGCAAAUGCCCUCUGUUCCUGCACAAGCACCAGCCCUGCCCUCACUCCCUGUGCAUGCACCUUCUGUCUCUGCGCAAGUACCAGCCCUGCCCUCACUCCCUGCCCAAAUGCCCUCUGUCCCUGUGCAAGCGCCAGCUGUGUCCUCACUUCCUGCCCAUAUGCCCUCUGUCUCUGCGCAAGCACCAGCCCUGCCCUCACUUCCUGCCCAUAUGCCCUCUGUCCCUGCGCAAGCACCAGCCCUGCCCUCACUUCCUGCCCAUAUGCCCUCUGUCCCUGCACAAGCACCAGCCCUGCCCUCAAUCCCUACGCAAAUACACUCUGUCCCCAUGCAAACAUCAGCCCUGCCCUCAAUCCCUACGCAAAGGCCCUCUGUCCCUGCACAAGUGUCAGCCCUGCCCUCACCUCCUCUGCAAACAUCAGCCCUGCCCUCAGUCCCUACGCAAAUGCCCUCUGUCCCUACGCAAGCAUCAGCCCUGCCCUCAAUCCCUACGCCAAUGCCCUCUGUCCCUGCGCAAGCGUCAGCCCUGCCCUCAAUCCCUACGCAAAUGCCCUCUGUCCCUGCUCAAGCAUCAGCCCUUCCCUCAGUCCCUAUGCAAAUGCCUUCUGUCCCUACGCAAGCGUCAUCCCUUCCCUCCAUCCCUAUGCAAAUGCUCUCUAUCCCUGCGCAAGUCUCAGCCCUGCCCUCACCUCCUCUGCAAACAUCAGCCCUGCCCUCAGCCCCUCCGCAAACAUCACCUCUGCCCUCAUUCUCUGUGCAAAGUCCAGUCUUGCCCUUGGCCUCUGCGCAAACAUCACCCCUGCCCUUGGCCUCUGCGCAAACGCCACCUCUUCCCUCUAGCCCUGCGCAAAUGCCCGCUGUCUCCAUGCAACCAUCAGUCCUGCUUUCUGCCCCCACGCCAGCCCCACCCUCUGCUCCUGUGCAAGCCCAGGUAUGUGUUCCUGUGUCUGUCCUUAAACCGGUUACAGCCCAGGCCUCACAACAAAUGCAAGUUUUUGCUCCAACCCCAUCCUCAAUCCCCACACAAGCCCAAAUAGCUGUCCCUGUGACUGCCUUUAAACCAGCUACAGCUCAGGCCUCUCGGCAGACAAAAUUUCCAGUUUCAGCUGUAUCCUCAGUCUCUGCACAAACCCAAAUAUCUGCUUCUGUGUCUGCCGUUAAGCAAAUUGAAACACAGGCUUCAAUUCAAACAAGAUUUUCUUUCUCUGCACCAGCCUUUGCACAAAAUCAAGUAGCGCCAAUGUCUGCCCUAUCACAAAAUGCUACCCCAGCUGUUAGUCAGACACAAAUUAUCUUACCCACUAUAGCUCCUGCACAAAAACAAACUGAAGUGCCAGCCAUUGUCCAAAGUCACAUUCCCACAUCUACCCCAGCCUCCUCUUUGAUUACGCAACCCCAAGACCCAGCUUCGCAACUUGGACAAGGCCAGGUUGGGCAUCAAACCCAUAUACAAGCACAUUCCACUAGCCCUGCACGUGCUUUAAACUCGGACCCACUUCAGAUGUAUGUUGCUGCUCCUGCAACAGUGCAGGCUGCUGUCCAAGUUGUUGCCACAGCAGCUACGACUAACUCAGUCCAGAUGGCUGUUUCUUCCUCUUUUCCUAUACCUGUGCCAGUACCAUCCUCUACCCUUGCUUCUGUGACUGCACCUAUCAUAGCUACAGUGUCACCCCCAACUGCUGUCCCAUCCCCAGGUAAAGGUUUAUCCCAGAUUAAUGCUGCAGUGCCUGUUCCCCUCUGUGCUGCAAUGGUCACUUCUGUCACACCAGUUACAGCCACCUCUACUGUACCUUCAGUGCCAGCUCUAGUAGAGCAGAGGGAAACUCGGCCCCAUGUCUGGACUCCUGCCUCUUCUCAAGCCCAGAGCCCGAUUCACCCAGCUCAGCGAGGUGCAGCACCUGUUCAACCAUCUGCCUUGGCAACCUCACCCACCUCUGCUCCUGCACUUGUCCCUGUAUCUAUUUCCACACACACCCCCAUUGCUCCUCUGACACAAGAAAGUCUUCCUAUUCAAUCUCAAGCACAAGUUCAGCUCCCUGCUGUUGUAUCCAUGCAACAGGUUUCUAAAAUAUCGGUUUCACCUGUGCAAGUUCAUAUGAACACAUUGCCAGUCUCUUCUGGCAUUACCACAAUGGGACCACCCCAGCCGCAACUCCAGGCCCAAAACCAUACACAGCUUCAACCACAUUCUCAAGGAAAAAUCCAUGCACAUAUUCAGGUCCAGCCCUAUGGCCAGGUCCAGCAAAUGCCACACAUUCAAGGCCAAACCCAUUUCCAAAACCAAGCACAACCCCAAAUCCAUCCCCAGGUCCGGGUUCAAUUUCAGACACAGUCUCAGAUUCCACCACAAACCCAUCAUGCACCCCAAGUCCAAGUACAGCCUGUUUCUCCAAUGCAAACUCAGGUGCACAUGCAUGCCCAAACACAAAUCCAGCCAAGAGUACAACCUCAGUAUCAUUCCCCGGUAAAAGCAGCAUUUCAGACACAGGCACAAACUCAACCCCAGGCUCAGCAACAGCCUCAAGUGCAUCCGCAAACCCAGGCUCAGCAACAACCUCAUGUGCACCCACAAUCCCAGGCUCAGUCACAGGCUCAAACUCACUUCCCUUCCCAGCCGCAGAUUCAAGCCAAACUCCAUCCCCAGGUUCAAGUUCAGGUGCAACAGCAGAGCCAGAUUCAGCCUCCAACCUCACAGCAACCCCAGCUUCAUACUCAUUCACAAAUUCAAACCCAGCCCCAGUUUCAGGUUCAGUCACAGCAGCAGAGCCAUGUCCAGCAGCACCUUCAGGUCCAAGCCCAACCCCAAGUCCAAACUAAAAUACAAGUCCAGUUCCAGCAUCAGAACCAAAAUCAGCUUCAGGUUCAGUCUCCAAUCAGGCAUCAGCUCAUCACUGUUCCAGGCCUCCAACAGCCGGUCCAGCUACUCUCAGCUCUCCCAUCCCAUGUUGCAGCUCAAAUUCAAGCCCAAAUCCAAGCCCAGGCACAGCAGCAGGGAGGAACAGUUCCCCAGCCGAUCAAACUCCAGCUGCCGAUCCAGAUCCAGCAGUCAGGAGGACAAAUUCAGGCCCACCAGCUUCAGAACAUGGUCACAAUACAGGCACCAGCAAGUGUCCAGGAGCAGUUGCAGAGAAUGCAGAAAAUGAGAGACCAGCAACAGCAACAACUACUACAACCACCACCAAAGAAGAAGAAACACUGUCUGGAGAGUAAAAGGGAGCAAAAAGAGCAGAAUCUGCAGUCUAUUUGCUCUGGGGAUGGCAUCCAAAAACAGCAGGUGAUCAUUAAGCAGAAUUCUACAACAGAACAGUUAAAGCAGAGGAAAUCCUUGGCUGCAGCUGAGAAAGAGGAAAACCAGAGGAUGAUUGUGUGCAACCAGGUGAUGAAGUACAUCCUUGAUAAGAUUGAGAAGGAUGAGAAGCUGGCAGCUAAGAAAAGAAAAAAAGAGGAGGUGGUGGAACAGAAACGCUCGAAGCAGAAUGCUACCAAGCUGACUGCACUGCUGUGCAAGCACAGAGAACAGCUUAAGGCUGAGAUCCUCAAGAAGAGGGCCCUGUUGGACAAGGAGCUACAGCUGCAAGUGCAGGAGGAGCUGAAGCGAGACCUUGCCAGGCUCCAGAAAGAAAAGGAGAAAGCCCGAGCUGCUAUCGCCCAGGCUGCCUCAGCGACAGCCAAGGCAGCCUCCCAUUCUUCCCAUUCCUCCCACUCUUCCCGCUCUACACAUUCCUCUCACAUCACCCACAGAGUAACCUCACCGUCCUCCUCCCACAAACGUAAGCGGGAAGAGGACAGGGACAAAGACAGAAACAGAGAUCGGGAUAGGCAUCACGACAAAGACAAGAAACGGGACAAAGAUAAGGACCGGGACAGACACAGAGAUCGAGAAAAAGACAGAGAUCGAGAGCGCGACAGACAUCGGGACCGAGACAGAGAGAAAGACGGUGAUAGGGAUCGAGACCGGGACAGAGAAUCCAGUUCUUCAAAACACAAGAAAAAGAAGAAAAUCUCUUCUACCUCAAAGGAUCACAAGAAGGACACCAAACUGUAUUGUAUCUGUAAAACACCCUAUGAUGAAUCAAAGUUCUACAUUGGGUGCGACCUGUGCUCCAACUGGUUCCAUGGUGCAUGUGUUGGCAUCACAGAAAAAGAAGCCAAGAAGUUAGAGGAUUUUGUGUGUAAUGACUGUAAACGUGGCCAGGAAGGAGGAAGCAAGGAGGAGCUGUACUGCAUCUGCAGGACACCAUAUGACGAAUCACAGUUUUACAUUGGCUGCGACCGUUGUCAAAAUUGGUACCACGGCCGCUGCGUAGGCAUCCUGCAGAGUGAGGCCAAUCACAUAGACCUGUAUGUGUGCCCGCAGUGUCAGUCAACAGAAGACGCUAUGACCGUCCUCACGCCACUCACUGACAAAGACUAUGAGGGGUUGAAAAGAAUAUUACGUUCAUUACAGUCUCACAAAAUGGCCUGGCCCUUCCUCGAACCGGUGGAUCCCCACGAUGCUCCUGAUUAUUAUCGUGUGAUCAAAGAACCAAUGGACUUCUCCACGAUGGAAAGCCACUUGCAAAAGCGACAUUAUCACAAACUAACCGAGUUUGUGGCUGACGUGACCAAAAUCUUUGACAACUGCCGCUAUUACAACCCUAACGACACGCCCUUCUUUCAGUGUGCUGAGGUGCUGGAAGGCUUCUUUGUUCAAAAACUUAAAGGUUUUAAAGCGAGCAGAUUGUCAGAUUCUUAAGUUGGCCAGUCUAGCUGCAGUCUGGCCUGGAUGUUGGGGUCUCUAAUAAUAAAGAUAUGGGAUCUUUGUUUUUCGGAACAAGCAAAAAAAAAAAAAAAAGUCAGAUAUUACAACACAAGAGCACUCACAGACUCCAAAUGUGUUUUUGUGUGACUGAAUCUAAGGAUUUUGGUAACAAAUUGUGUUUGUUACAUAACUGAUAACAGCAGUAAUGGAGGGACAUGCUUUGAUCUUAUUCCACCUAAUGAGAAAUCCACCUUUGUAGUGCUUUUCUUUUAAUGCAGUUUGUUUCCUGUAUUUAUUUCAUCUGUUCUUCUGAGUUUCAGUGGAUAAAACGUUGGUCAUACAGUUCUAGAAAUGUUUAAAGCUGUAUUUUUUUUUUAUUGAGAUAUUUAUAUUUUCAGUUCUGUCCAUGCCAGUGUGAUUAUGUGGGUUGUUGAGGUCUUGUGUCUCCAUAGAAAUGUUUUUAAUAAUAGACAGCGGUUGUAACAUGUCUAUGUAACUAAUUAGGUGUUUUAAAUCAAACUUUUUUUAAGUGAUAUAUCAAGCUCUAAAUUUCGAAUGGGCCUAUAAACAUGUUUUUCACCAAAUGUCAGUUUGUAGUUGUGAAAGAGCUACUGAGCAACAAUGACAUUCCCAGCAAAUCACACUAGCAUGGCUGCAGAAUCUGCUGCUGACCCUCUUUCAUCCACUUUGUAUCAUUGUUCACCGCAAAAGUGUUUGUUGUUUUUUUUUUGUUGUUGUUGUUGUUUUUUUAAGGGUUCUCAACUCUCCCCUCUCUCCACAUUCUGUAGGUCUCAUAACAACAAGCUCCAGUCUUCUUCAGCCUCUUAGAAAGCAACGCAGAUUGCUUACAAAAAAAAAGAAAAAAGAAACAAAGAAUGAAAAAUGCACUUGCCGAGAACUUGGCUGUUCUAAAGUGAAACUUUGCGAUGGGACUCGGCCUCCUGUGUUUGGGACCUGUUCCUCUGGCUGCCGGUGAAUCCAGCAGUGCUGCUUUCAUGGAACUGUACAGGCAGAGCCACCUUCAGCCCAAAUGGACCUUUUUUGGGCCUGGCUUCAUCAGUGGAACUUUAAGGCGUUUUAGAAGGAUGUUUACCUCCAAGAAAGACUUUUAAGGAGCUGUCAUAUUUCCAUGUGUUUUUAUUUUUAUCUUUGUUUUCCCCUCUCUUUCACUGUUUAAUAAAGAAAUGAAUAAAUCCCUCAGCAGACCCUCAGUCAUCAGAUCGGGAAUUUGAAUACUGGCAGAUAGUUUUACUGAGCAAAUUGUACCAGCUAUGUGACUAAAAUUGGCUUGUCUAUGUGGAACAGCUACCACCCCCACCGACCCCAGCACCCCACACAUGCACACAUACACAUUCUCAUUUCUGUUAAUUUUUUUUUCUGAAGUGGCAUGAGACAUUUGUACAAACUCUAGACAUCAGUCAUUUGCUUGGUUAAAAAUGUCUGCAAGCUACUGAAAGUAUGGUAAUAAGCUAUCGUGAAUAAAAUUGCUCUGCAAUAGUGACUGACAGAAGGACAAAGCAAUGUGUAACUGAAGAUAUCAUGCCGUUUGUAAAAAAAAAUAAAUUAAUACUAAAAAUCA